CGUUAAUCUUGUAAUGGAUUCCCCCAAAUGUGAAAAAUAAAAAAUAGGCUCAUGUUUUUACGUAAUAUUGUUUUUCUAGUUCACACAUCUCUGAUCUGAUGAGGUAAUCGGCAUGGAAAAAGAGAAGGCCAAACGUCCAGACGUGAACGCUGCAUCAUUGAUAGACCUGAAGGCUGAGUUGUUCAGAAAGCAGGAACAGUUCAAAAAACAGAAACUCCAGGCUAAUGGUGCUAUCAUCCGACCAAAGCCAGUUGAAAAGAAGGGGUCUGUAUGGAGCAAGAAGAAUGCUGGAGUAUUGGAGAGGGCGCAAAAGGACUUUGAGGAGAAAAAGGAAGAAAUCAAUGUCCUCGAUAAAUCAAGGCAAAUGCUGCUAGCCAAAUCUGCACUUUAUGAGAAGAUGACAAGUGGGAAAGAUGUCCCAAGUGAAGAUGGGAGUGGAAGAUUUCUCGUUGACUUUGAGAAAAAGACGUAUGAAAAGAUAGUAGAAGAACGUGAUAAUGAAAGAAAGGCAAAUGAGGAGAGACAAAAGAAAGUUCAAGAGGAGAUAGAAAGACAAGAGGAAUUAGAAAGACAAGAGGAGCUUAAAGCAUUGGAUGAACCCAUUCCAACAGCACAAUGCCCAGAGGAAGAAUGGGUUGACUACACAGACUCCCUUGGAAGGUCUAGAAGAUGUAUGAAACAAGAUCUGCCUAAAUUGAGAGCAAUGGAUAAACAGUUGAACCCUAAUAAAAGUUCUAAAAUUCAAGACAACCACAUAGCAGAGGUAUCCCCUGACUUGAUGUCUCACGACAUGUAUAGAGAGAAGCUACGGGAGAAAUGGGAGCAAGAAGAAAGAGAGGCAUUGGAACGUCCUGUUGGUCCAACACACUAUUCUAAUGUACAGUAUGAUGAGGUACGGUCACAUGGUGUUGGUUAUUACCAGUUCUCCAGGGAUAACUCUGCCAGGGAGGAGGAGCUAAAAACUCUUGGAGAUCUGCGAGAAAAGACAAAGGUACAAAGAAACAAGCGUGAGGAGUUAAAGGCAAAGCGUAAAGCAAUACUAGAUGCUAGGCUUAACAAGGUUAAACACCGGAAGCUGGUGAGAGAGGGUGGUCCAGGAAUAUUGGAGCAAAUUAAACAAGAUGCAGAAAAGGAGGAAGAAGUGAAGGAUGCUGAAGAUGUGAUUGGUCCAAAAGUUGAGGACAUGUUACGUCAAGCGAGGCUAGAGGCAGAACUAAAGGAAAAAUCACUAGAGCGUGAUGACAGGUGGAAACGUGAUAAACCAAUGAGAGAAUGGGAUAAAGGAAAGAAAGAACUCUUGAAGAGAGAAGACGAGAAAAUCCUAGAUGACAGACCAAAUGAAUUUGCCCCUCCAGCAAUGUAUUUCACAGAUCCACAUGAAAAUAAACGUCAACAGAAUAUGAAUUUUGCUCCCCCUCAAGAAUACCAUCCGAAUAAGAGACAGAAAAAGAAAACUGAAUUGAACAAUAAAUCGAAUAUACCCAUGUGGAGACAGAAAGACAUGGAUGAUCAGUAUGAAAAUCCAAAUCUGAUUAUUAAUAAUAGAAGACAUGAUUCCAUCAGUUUAGGGAGACCUGCUGAAACAGAGACAUCUAUUGCUGGAGAUUUGAAACUGCAAGAUAUACCUCUACCAAAGCCUAAGGAGCCACAAUCUAAGGCCCAAUUUCAACAGGGUCGUAAUGAUCAGCAAGAGUCUCAUCCUGAUAGCCAAUACUAUUCUCAUCAUGGGAAUUCUAAUACCCCCUGCCAUAAUCCAAAUAUCAACAAUACAACAGAUCAGCAAUACAAUAUCUCAAAUUUACAACACAAUGAACCGGGUGCCUCUUGUGAAGAACAGCGUUAUUUUCAUUAUUAUAACAAUAACCCUGCUCUGACCAAUCAAGGAUUGAAUAUGCAUCAGAAUGUUGCCGAUGUUGACACAUCUCUUAAUAAUACAGAAACAUUGAUUGACAAUUCACAAAUUCAAAUACCUUCCCCGACUGAUGCUUUAUUUACGCAGCCUCCUCCGCCCAAUUCUUCGCAAAACAUUUUCCAAAAUGCUACAGUAUCUGCGAAGUUCAUACCAAAUGAUCCUCAUAAAGUCACAACCAAAGCCCCACAAAUUAUACAAUCUCAAGAUCCAAGUGAUGUCACAAUGAAAGUGAGGGAUAAAGAUGGCGCUUGGAAGGUGAUCCCAGAUGAACUCCCUGAGCCCCCUACGAUUGGUCAAACUUUGUACUCUGCUCAGCGCCCGAUUCACAACCCUGAACAAAGCCCAUAUAACCAACCUUGGAGUCUACAAAAGUCAGACUAUGAGCUUAAAAGUCCCCAUGUUCACAAACAAAAACAAAGUAUACCAUUUUUACCACCAAAUAUUGAAAAGAAGAGUGAUGGAGCUGAUGCUGUGAAGAAUGUUAUUCCAAAGGAGCGCCCUGAUGAAGCAAAGGAGGUGAAUACCCAGCCUGCAAUAGUUGUGAGUGUAAGAGACAAUAUAAAUGAUAUACCCAAUGAACCAAAGGAACAGCCCACUAAGGCUGAGAGUACCAUGUCCCCUUCAGAAAAAAUUCAGGAUUUUAUGAAACAGUUAAGUAAAUAAAAUUAUAAUAGAUUGCCUUCUCAUCAAUACCAUACAUAUCUAUAGUUCACAUAAAUGCAAUAUGAUAUAUGAAUGAGCGAAUGUUUCAGUUUGCAAAAAAGCUUGACAUUUAUUUCAUCAAAAUCAAGCAAAAUUAUGUUAUCAAAAAUCAAUUUAUCAAUCACCUAUUGUUUAGUAUUUGUUGUGAAUGAAGGAAGUCAACUCAAAUUGUAAUAGGCCCAAUUACUUUCAUCUAAUUUUCUUAAUUAAAUCAAUGCAUUGAUGUAGGCUCUAAUGUGGGUUGUGAAAUUAGCCAGGAGCUAGUGAAUCUGAACAAUUCAACUCACUUUUGGCACCAAAUGUGAUGUUUCUGUUGUAAUAUUUAGACAUAUUAUCUAUUUUCAGCAUUAAUGUUUUUAUAUAUUUGACAACCAGUGUCACUAAAGCACUAGAAUUAAUUAUUAAUCUAUUUCAGUUAAUAAUAGCGCAGUAAUCAGAAAUCACAUUUUAUUUAUCAUGACCUGAAUGUACUUCUGUGCUUCUAUUCCCUCUCUCUGCCUCUGGUAUAUACUUGUCUAUUCUACAUGUACUUUUGGCUUACUCUAUUUACAAUUAUUCUUAUAUUAAUAUACUAUCCCAUUUAA